CUGUCGCGCGCUCGGGCCUAAGGCACAGUCGGAUCAGGAUUCGUGUGCUGGCACACGUCGCUCGCCAUCUCCACGCAUACACAUCGAGCCAUGAUAGACAGGAGGAGACAGGCUGCUUUGCUGCUGUGCAGCUGCGCCACUGCAGUCUUGGGACAGAGCCUGACGACUUCAGGACCAGUUCCGACCUUUGUCACACGAUAUGCACCUCUCAUGUACCUAGCUUCCACCGAGGAAUACUUUCCUUCUCACCUGCAAACACAUCUGGACAACACGACUCCCGGAGAAUGGGACGAUAGCACGAAUUCAUCGAGCGCAGUCAGCGGCGCUCCGAGUUCCUUGACGCUGGCAAAUUUGGAUCAGAGCGAGCUCAGUACAGCCUUUGUCUAUCUGAACGCUCGGCCAUCGGAAUUGACCGUGCCGACUUCCGCAUGGCUCAAUUCGACCUAUGGCAAACCCAACAGCGCCGGCAUGAGCGCUGCUGAAACGAUCAUCAUCCUCGUUGACGCAUCUGAGGAACAUGUAGCGGGCACAAUAGAUGCCUACUACUUUUACUUCUAUAGCUACAAUCUGGGGCCAUACGUUUUCGGCGAACGCUUCGGGAACCAUGUUGGCGAUUGGGAGAAUUCUAUGAUACGUUUCGUAAAUGGCGUGCCCCAAGCGGUCUUCUACUCUGCUCAUGACGAUGGCGAUGCUUAUACAUUCGACACGGUCAAUCAAAGCAAUUCGAGGCCGAUCGGCUAUAUUGCAAUGGGUUCACAUGCCAACUAUCCGACGCCAGGAUCGCACAAUAUCAGUCAAGCGAUUGGCCAACUACUGACAGACUACACCGACUCGGGCACGCUGUGGGAUGUCGCUGCGAAUUAUCAAGCAUUCUGGUUCAGUGGCUCGAAUGACAGCCCCAACUUCACAGUCGCCGACGGGUCUACAUUCGAUCCUGGCUUCUUAUACUACAUUGGCAAAUGGGGCGAUCAUGCCUUGCCUGAGAGCAACCCAGCUCAAUCGGAUCUCUUUGGAUAUCAAAAAUGGACAGAUGGUCCGACAGGUCCACGAGACAAGACGCUACUGAGACAGGCAAUGUGCUAUCAGAAUUGCCCAACGAACACAGUCUUGCCGACGCUCUCAUCUGCAGCAGUGACGCCAGUCGGAUCGAGCACUCCUACCGGCUCUUCGGUGUCUCAGUUCACAUUCAGCCUGAUGGCACAUAGACUAUUGACAGCAAGCGUUCGAGCUGUGCAAGGGACUGUUGGGCCUACUAAUUCGAGCCAUGCUCGAGUGAGGAGGUUCGGCAUGGCAGAUACCAUUCAGCUCGUUCUUUCGGCGACCGCUGAGCAAGCGUCCGAUGGAGCUGCUCUGGCCGGAGCUCGCAAAAAGAACUCGUCGCGAGCGAGACGAGUCGAUCAGCAGGCCAUGACAGACAGUCUGGGCGCAAGCUCAAAGGCGCAGUACAAGCUCUCCGCGACGCUGCAGGGGCAUACCGCCGAUGCAAGCUUCACGAUGACUGAUGACGGCAAGCAGGUUCGGUCGACGUGUGCUCCUCGCUCGGAUCUCAUCAUCUCCUGCUCUCGAGACUCAACAGCACGCACAUGGACUCGCACGCCAGGCUCUGCCACAGCAUGGGAGCCGCACUGUCUCUUCCAGGGUGCUCACGAGGGCUUCGUCAACGCCGUCAGCUUCGUUCACGCCAAACAUGCCGAUGGUCAAGAUGUCUUGUUGACCUCGGGCCAGGAUGCAAUCAUAUACGGCUGGCCAAUACCGUCCAGCAGUGGAUCAGAGACGGAAGCGAAAUACGCGCUCAUUGGCCACUCGAACAAUGUCUGCUGUCUCGAUGUCGGCUCAGAUGGCAGAAUCAUCAGCGGUUCAUGGGACUCGACGGCAAAGAUAUGGAUCAAUUUUGAACUCCAUUGUACCUUGUCAGGCCACGAGCAGGCUGUCUGGGCCGUCCUUGCUAUUUCUGCCAGCGAGAACAAAGGGACAGAAGCGGUUCUGACGGCAUCGGCGGAUAAGAUGAUUCGCCUGUUUACAGGCAGCAAGCCUUCGUCUGCUUCAGUCACUUUCAAGGGUCAUACUCAGCCAGUGAGAGCCUUGGCCAGGAUACCAGAGCACCCCGAUAUGUUUGCGAGCGGCAGCAAUGAUGGAUCUAUCCGUUUGUGGAAUCUCGAAGGCGACGCCAUCGCAGACUUGGGCGGGCACGACUCCUUUGUCUAUUCGCUUGACGUCCUGCCGGAUUCGGGCGAUCUGUUAUCGGGAGGCGAGGAUCGUAAUGUCAAAGUCUGGAGUGCAGACGAUGGCGAGUUGCUACAGACCAUCACCGUUCCUGCUGUAUCUGUAUGGUCUGUGUCUGCUUUGCCCAACGGAGAUAUAGCAGCAGGCUCGAGCGAUGGCAUCCUCCGUGUGUUCACUCGUGACACUGCAAGGCUGGCAUCGGAAGAAGAGCUGCAGAACUUCGAUGCGUCCGUCUCAUCCAUCGCUAUCAAUUCUGCCUCGGUUGGCGAUGUGAAGAAGCAGGAUCUACCGGAAGCAAGCGAGGCGCUACGUGCGCCAGGCAGAAAAGAGGGCCAAGUGAUCAUGGUCAAGACUUCCUCAGGAUCAGUCGAGGCGCAUCAGUGGCGUAAUGCGGCCCAAUCCUGGCAAAAGGUUGGGGAGGUCGUCGAUGCAGUCGGCUCGGGCCGCAAGCAGCUCUACAAGGGCGAGGAGUACGAUUACGUCUUUGAUGUUGAUGUCAAAGAAGGCUCGCCGCCUCUCAAGUUGCCGUUCAACUCGACGCAAAAUCCGUAUACAGUCGCGCAAAAGUUUCUGACUGACAAUGAGCUGCCGCCGGACUACCUAGACGAAGUCGUCCGAUUCAUAGAGCGCAACUCUGGCGCAGUUUCGCUGGGCAAUUCUGCGCCGGCCGCGAAUCCUUAUAACGACAGUGCAUCGAGUGCGCCGGAUUCGGAGGCACUAUUACCGCACAAGACACCUUUGACCUUCACGUCCGCCAAUCUAGCCGCGCUGAGGACAAAGCUAAUUGCCUUCAACGAUGAUUUGCGAACAGCAUCUUCCGCCUAUGCGCUCGACGACAGCGACCUAGACAAGCUAGAGAAUCUGACUUCCACACUGCAAGGUACGCCGACUGUGCUGCCUGCGAAUGCAGCCGCAUCAGCCAGUACCAUCGUUCCAAAGCUACUACAAUGGCCAGUGGACAAGCGCUUCCCCGCUAUCGAUCUGGUGCGCAUUACAUCGUGUCACGGUCCUGCGGAAGCUUGGCUAUCGAGGCUGCUAGAGAAUCUCAAGAUCGAUUCGAGCGCCUCUGCAAAAGACCAGGAAACAAACGCUAUGCUCGCUCUGCGUUCGCUAGCCAACUAUUUUGCCACGCCGAAGGGCAAAACGAUCAUGAUAAAAAAUGCUGUGACCAUUCUCAACGGGCUCUAUCGUAUAGGCGAAGCGCAGUUAAGCCGGACUGGAUACCUUGCUCUUGCAACGGUCAUUCUCAACUUCUCUGUUCUCGCGGUCAUGCGAGACCUUGACAAGACUUCGGGCACACAGCUCAUUGAUCUCACGCAAAAGGCGCUCACACGGCAAGAAGGCGAAGCGGUCUACCGAGGACUUGUUGCGUUGGGCAAUGUGCUACUAUCACCCAAUGUGACAAGCUCACUUUCAAGCUCAACAUUGACGCAAGCACGAGCCUCGGCGCAAAAGGCGGCGAGCCGGUUACCAGAACCGCGCAUCAAGGCUGUUGCAGCAGAGAUCGCUCAAUUGACAUUGUGACAUAAUGCUCGCAUAGUUGCAUUGCAAGGCCAAAGAUACAAGCACGAAAAGUCGAAAGUUGCUUUUUGCUUCAGACCGUGAAGCCGAGACCCUCGAUCUGUUUGACUAGCCACGCGGAGGCCGCCACAUAAUCGACAGGCGUUGCGCGGUUGAUUUGAUAGCGGACGCGUGAGGUAUCUUGGAAGGUCUCUGUUCUCGCUCGGCAAGCAAAAUUGUAGGCCUUGCCGGAUCCGCGCCAGAUGGCUCCAACGAAUGCCUGUUCGUCCUCAUCGCGAAGGCGCUCGAUGUCGUCAGCAGAGUGGUCGAGUAUCAAUCUGCCUGCAUCGUCGAAUGCGCUGAGCCAGAGCU